AACGUCUUUUCCCUUUCCUCCAGAAUACCACAUAAUUCUUCUCUUUCCCCAACCAGUAAGAGUCAAGAGAAAAAAUAGGAAUAGAAUUUUGCACCAAUAAACAAUUAUUGUACGUGGAAUUCAAGGAAACAUUGUAUAAAAAAAUAAAGGUGGAAUAUUUCCAGAUUCAGAAAAAGAGGAAAUAUCUGAGGGGAGGGAAGCGCUCGUUCCAGACAAUAAUGCAGGUCUCACCCUGUGAGAACACAAAAAGCUUGAACCAUUCAAGAAGAGAUCACAAAUAUUUUUGACCUCCUCAGGAAUCAGUGGCGAAAAAGCUCCACGGAUAUGUAUAUUGUAGGAAAAGCACAGAUUGCAAAUCAGAGCUGAUUAUGCAUCAGAGGAUCCACACUGGUGAAAAACCAUACAAAUGUCCCGAAUGUGGCAAAGUCUUUCGCUACACUUCCCAACUUAUUGAGCAUAAAAUAACCCAUACUGGAGAAAAGCCCUACCAGUGCCCACAGUGUGCCAAAAAGUUUAGUAAGCAUGCCAACCUGGUGAGACAUCAGAAGACUCACACUGGGGAAAAACCCUUUGAUUGUCCUGAUUGUGGGAAAAGUUUCAGUCAGAACUCUUACUUGGUGAUACACCAGAGGACUCACACAGGAGAGAAAGCAUAUGAGUGUCGGGAUUGUGGGAAAUGUUUCAGUAACAAUUCCAACCUGGUAAUACACCAGAGGACACACACAGGAGAGAAACCGUAUGAGUGUCCAGAUUGUGGGAAAAGUUUCAAUCAGAACUCUUACCUGGUGAUACACCAGAGAACUCACACAGGAGAGAAACCAUAUGAAUGUCCGGAUUGUGGGAAAAGUUUCAAAAAUAAUUAUAACCUGGUGAGACACCAGAGGACACACACAGGAGAGAAACCCUUUGAUUGUCCUCAUUGUGGGAAAAGCUUCAGUCAGAAUUCUGACCUGGUGAUACACCAGAGGACUCACACUGGGGAGAAACCAUAUGAGUGUCUGGAUUGUGGGAAAAGUUUCAAAAUUAAUUCCAAACUGAUGAUACACCAGAGGACACACACAGGAGAGAAACCAUAUGAGUGUCUAUACUGUGGGAAAAGCUUCAGUCUCAACUCUUACUUGGUGAUACACAAGAGGACACACACUGGAGAGAAACCAUAUGAGUGUCCAGUUUGUGGGAAAAGUUUCAAUCAACAUUGUAACCUUGUGCAACACCAAAGUACUCACACAGGAGAGAAACCAUAUGAGUGUCCAGAUUGUGGGAAAGCUUUCAGUUGGAAUUCUGAUUUGGUGAGACAUCAGAGGACUCACACAGGAGAGAAACCAUAUGAAUGUCCAGAUUGUGGGAAAAGCUUUAGUCGUAAUUCCUACUUGGUUAUACACCAGAGAACUCACACUGGGGAGAAACCAUAUGAGUGUCCAGCUUGUGGGAAAAUCUUUCGCUACGCUUCCCAACUUAUUGAGCAUAAAAGAACCCAUACUGGAGAAAAGCCCUACCAGUGCCUACAGUGUCCCAAAAAGUUUAGUAAGCAUGCCAACCUGGUGAUACACCAGAGGACACACACAGGAGAGAAAGCAUAUGAGUGUCUAUACUGUGGGAAAAAUUUCAGUCAGAACUCUUAUCUGGUGAUACACCAGAGGACUCACAUGGGCGAGAAACCAUAUGAGUGUUCGGAUUGUGGGAAAAGUUUCAAUAAUAACUCUAACCUUGUGAAACACCAGAGAACUCAUACAGGAGAGAAACCGUAUGAGUGUUCAGAUUGUGGGAAAUAUUUCAGUAAGAAUUCCAACCUGGUGAUACACCAGAGGACUCACACAGGCGAGAAACCAUAUGAAUGUCCAGAUUGUGGAAAAAGUUUCAAUAAUUAUUCUAACCUUGUGAAACACCAGAGGACUCACACAGGAGAGAAGCCAUAUGAGUGUUUAUACUGUGGGAAAAGUUUCAGUAGGAAUUCCAACCUUGUGAAACACCAGAUGACACACACAGGCGAGAAACCAUAUGAGUGUCCAGAUUGUGGGAAACGUUUCAGUCAGAACUGUUAUCUGGUGAUACACCAGAGGACUCACACAGGCGAGAAACCAUAUGAGUGUCCGAAUUGUGGGAAAAGUUUUCAGCAGAAUUCCAAUCUGGUCAUACACCAGAGGACUCACACAGGAGAGAAACCAUAUGAGUGUGCAGAGUGUGGGAAAGCUUUCAGUAGAAAUUCCAACCUUGUGAAACACCAGAGGACUCACACAGGAGAGAAACCAUAUGAAUGUGCAGCUUGUGGCAAAUGUUUCAGUUGGAAUUCUGACCUGGUGAGACACCAGAGGACUCACACAGAAGAGAAACCAUAUGAAUGUCCAGUUUGUGGGAAAAGUUUCAAUCACAACUGUAACCUUUUGCAACACCAAAGUACUCACACAGGAGAGAAACCAUAUGAAUGUGCAGAUUGUGGGAAAGCUUUCAGUUGGAAUUCUGACCUGGUGAAACACCAGAGGACUCACACAGGAGAGAAACCAUAUGAGUGUCCAAAUUGUGGGAAAAGCUUUAGUCAUAAUUCCUACUUAGUUAUACACCAGAGAAUUCACACAGGAGAGAAACCAUAUGAGUGUCCAGAUUGUGAGAAAAGUUUCAGUAAUAAGUCUAAUCUUCUGAAACACCAGAGGACUCAUACAGGAGAGAAACCAUAUGAUUGUCUAUACUGUGGGAAAAGUUUCAGCCAGAACUCUUGCCUGGUGAUACACCAGAGGAUUCACAUGGGUGAGAAACCAUAUAAGUGUCCAGAUUGUGGGAAAACUUUCCAGCAGAAUUUCAAUCUGGUCAUACACCAGAGGACUCACAUGGGUCAUAAAUUGUAUGAAUGUCCAGACUGUGGGAAACGUUUUAGUCGAAAUUCCAACAUGGUGAUACACCAGAGGACUCACACAGGAGAGAAACCGUAUGAGCAUCCCAGAUUGUCAGAAACGUUUCAGUCGUAAUUCUGCCCUAGUGACGCACAUGGGGACUCACACAGGAAAGAAACCCUAUAAGUAUCCAAAGUGUAAAAGAUUUCAGUUGGAAUUCUGACCUGGUGAGACACCAGAGGAUUCACAGAGGAUGAGUUACUGGAUUGUGGGAAAAGUUAAAACAUCACUGAAAAAAGUGACUUAUGAUCCUUUUUCAUACUUAGGACCAUUUCAGCGUCAACAUUCAGAUGCUUGGCAAUUGCUGGUUCUAAUGUCCUGGGGUCAUGGGAUCCCCUUUUCUGACCUUCUGGCAAACAAAAUCAAUUGGGAAGCCAGAUUCACUUAACAUAUAUGUUACUAAUUUAACUGCAGUGGUUUGCUUAAGAAAUGUGGCAAGAGAAGUUGUAAAAUGGGGCAAAAUUCAGUUGACACCUGUCUCGCUUAGCAACAUAAAUUUUGGGCUCAAUUGUGGUUGUAAGUUUCUGCAGUAUUCUGCAGAAAUGUUUCUAAAGCUACAUUAUUUCAUGAGAGCCAUUCACUUUGUCAUGAUAGGCUUUAAUUGCCCCUCAGACUGAACUGUUUGCUGUAGUUAAUUCAUGAACUUAGUUACUUGGGUGAGAUGGAUGGCAUACAAAUUUAAUAAAUAAAUUAAUGUGAAUAUGCUUAGGGUGCAGCCAGCAGACAGACAGAUGCACAUAUAAGUAUUUUGUAGUAUUCUUCGGUUGUUUGAAAAUAUAUAAUAGGUUUUAAUGCCUUCAUUUCAGGUAAAAUGUAAAUUAAUAAUACAUAGAAAUGGCUGCUUUUUAAUGACCAUGUUUUAAAUAUUUCUAGAAAUUUCCACAAAGAAAGGUCUAAAUAAUGUUGUCUGAUCAACUACAGUAUAAUUUUUAAGGGUUCUGCAGGCUUUUCUCACCUACAUGUGAAAUAUUUCAAUUGUUUUGUUUUGUAUUUCCUCAUCUUCCAGAUUCCUUGAACUUUGUAUAGUGUAUUUUCUGGAACAAUUUGAGUCAUACAUUGUACUUCUUUUUUUGAUUCUCUGCUAACACUUUUGUCAAAAGAGAGAGAAAGGUAAAUCCUACUUGCUCAUUACAGACCCGCAUUUCGGAAUUGAAUCUUCUUAGUUUAAGGCAAAUGAUGUGCUUCUUGAAUCACACCAUCCUGGUUCUCGGUUUUGCAUAAUGUACCUCUUUCAAGUCAUGGAAGUAAAAGAUCUCUAUCUGGAUUUCCAAAGUGAGAAUUGGUUUUCCUGUGAAAUAUGAAAAAAAGCUAAAAAAAUUCUGGGUAAGUGGUGCGAUAGAGUUCUUACCUCACAUACAGGAGGCUGUGAGUUUGAUCCUAGGUACAGACAGAUAUUUCUCUCUCUGGACACAAUGGGACUAUAUCUGCUGCAAACUCCACAUUGGUGAUAGGAAGGGCAACCGGCCAGUAAACACUCAGCUCCAUUCAGUUGCCCUGACUCCGCCCCGCAAGGGAUACAUUAUGGGGUUAUUAAACAACAGAGAAGAAGAUAAAAGAAUUCCUGGUCAAUUGACAGAUUUGGGAGCUAUAAUAAGUGGAAGCCCAGCAUUUUGGGGAACAGAGACUGGACUCUGCCCAAUAGCCAGGUUGGUUGGUGUCAGGGAAUUAUGCAGCUGGUGUCCAAAUUAAGACACAUGCUGACAGUAGUUUUAUAUAAAUCUAUUUAGUACCUAUAUUUAGAGGAAACAAGGUAGGGACAUCAUUACAUCCUGAGGUAAAUCGUCAGGUAAAUCUCAGAUCAGCAUACAAAGCACACAGAAGAAAAAGGCGGGAAAAAAGAACGGCCCCCUUUACACCCAGCAGCCAAUCAUAAUGUAGACUGCCUCAUGCAGGAGCUCACACUCUUCAACCAAUCAAUGUCCACUGUGUGUUCUGCUCCACUGUGCACUUUACUGUUCCAGCUUUUAAAUUAAAUAUCUGAACAGCUGGGCUCCAAACAGGCUUGAACUGUUGGCAUGAAAUGUCGCCUAGAGAGUUUAGAAAUCUAUCUAGCCAAUCUCGCUUCUGAUUAUUCCAUUUCAACAUCUUCCCCUCAGGACGCCAAAACAGCUAGACACAAAGAUAGUUUCUUCCCCCCUGCCAUCACUACAACACGCCACUGCCUUCUGCCCAAAGACAUUUACCCAUGUGGUAGGCUGUAUUGCUAUUAUCCUCGUCAUCUUAUCCUUCACGUUUCCUUCUACCUUCUCCUAUCUGUAUUGAUCAUAUGAUCAAUUAUUGUAUCUUAUGAUUUAUGAUUGCCUUAUGAUGUAUGACUAUCACUUUGUAUGUACACUGAAGUGUAUGCAAUAGAGAUCAUUUCCUUGUGUGUCCAAAACACACUUGCCCAAUAAAGAAUUAUGUUCUA